AUGGGAUCCAUGUUUUUUGAGGAAACUCAUUUUAAUAAUUUUAAAUUAGAUAUCCAAACAAAUCUUAAUUUUAAAGAAAACUUGGGAAAUUUAAAAGAAAUGAAUUCCUACUCAACCAAUUAUAGUACACCUUCAUCAAAUAUAGAUACAUUAUAUUAUUCAAAAAAUUUAAAUGAAAAUAAUUUACUUUUUUUAAAUGACAAUGAAGACAAUAAUUUAAAAAUGAAUGAAAAUUACGUUGUUAAUAAUUACGAUUUAAAAAAUGAAAAGCUAGCAGAAUUUAUCUUGAAUAAUAAUGAAAUGGAUGAAGAAAAAAAAGUUGAAGUAGAUCUAAACAAAGUUAUGAAUGACAUUUUCUUUUUAUGCUUUCAUAAAAAUGGUUGCGAAUAUAUAAUAAAAAAAUUAAAAGAAAAUGAUAAUGAGCAAAGACAAAUAAUACUAAAAUCUCUUUUAAUUGAUGCACGAUCAUUAUGUCCUGAUGUUUAUGGGAGUUAUGUAGCUCAAACGAUAUUUGAUUUGAAAGAUGAAAAAUAUAAAGAACGUUUUACUGAUGAAUUUUUGAGCUACACUAGUUUUCUUACAUUACACACAUAUGGUUGUAGGCUUAUUCAGAAAUCAUUGGAAUCCUUAUCUGAUGAAUACAAAUGUAAAAUUUUUAAAGAAUUAGAAGAUGAUUUAAUUACAUACAUAUGUCAUCAAAAUGGGAAUCACGUUAUUCAGAAAUGUGUUGAAGUUUUACCAUCUAACUAUAUUGAUAUAAUCAUAGAUAUUAUUGAGGAAUAUUUGCCAUUUUUAAGUUCUCAUGCUUACGGAUGCAGAAUUGUUCAAAGAAUUUAUGAAAUUGGGAAUGAAAAUCAAAUUAAUAGAUUAAAUGAAAAAAUUAUAAAAAAGAUUCACUUAAUCAAAAAUAGAUACGGCAAUUAUGUUAUUCAAAAAUGUUUCGAAUAUUCAGAUGAUACAGUCAGAUUUAUUAUUACUGAUGCAAUUGUUAAUGAUAUUUAUAAGCUGUCUGCUCAUAAAUAUGCUUGCAAUAUAAUUGAAAAAAUAUUAUUGAAAAAAGAGUAUAAAUAUAAAAAAAAAAUUAUCAAAAAAAUUAUCAAUGAUAUUUCUGAAGGGAACGAAAAUAUUAUAAAUAUUUGCAAAGAUUGUUAUGGAAACUUUAUGAUGCAAAAAUUAUUAACAACUUGCAGAAAAAAAGAAAGAAAUUUAAUAGUAAAAACAAUUGUUGGAAAUUUAGACAAAUUAAAGAAUGAAACUUAUGGUAAAUAUAUUUUAAGAGCUAUCAACAAUUUAGAUUCAUAA